CGCCGGCAGAAUCUGAAGCAGCGAGAGAAGACGUGCGCCUUCCACUUCGCCGCUCCCCGCGGGGAAUCCGCCGGCACAUCCGCGAGACCGACACCGGCCGCCGCCGCCGCCGCCGCUGCGCCAUGGCGCUCGCAAGGCAAGUGCUUUGUCUCUCUGCUUUCCUCUCGCUGCCGCACGCUCGCGCCGAGCCCAUCCGCUACUCCGUAGCCGAGGAGGCGGAAAGCGGCUCCCUGGUGGGCCAGCUGGCGGAGGAUGCGGGGCUGACGCCGGCGCAGCUCUCGGCUCGCCGCGCCCGCCUGGUCUCGGAGGACGGCCGGCAGCAUUUUCGCUUAGACCGCGCCUCCGGCCGCCUCGUCGUGGCGGCGAGGCUGGACCGGGAGGAGCUCUGCGGCCAGUCCGCCACCUGCAUGCUCCCCUUCGAGCUGCUGCUCUCCAACCCCCUGCAGUUCUUUCGGGUCGAGGUGGCUCUGGACGAUAUCAAUGACCAUUCACCUGUUUUCCGACAAGAUCGAGUCACUUUUAAGAUCCUGGAAAGGAGCGACCCAGGCUCUCGUUUCCCGCUGGAGGUGGCUCGGGACCUCGAUAUUGGUAGCAACACAGUCCAGGCAUACAGCAUUGCUCCCAAGAACGAGUAUUUCAGUGUCUCCUAUGGGAGUCGGAGUAAUACUGACAAAUAUCUUGAACUUGUUUUGGAAAAGCCACUAGAUAGAGAGGAGCAUGCAGAGAUGGGUUUCACUGUCAUUGCUGUGGACGGUGGCUUUCCUCCUCGAAGCGGGACCAUUGAGAUCUCUAUUAUCAUUCUAGAUGUAAAUGACAAUGCUCCGAUAUUCACCCAGGAACGUUAUAUUGCAAAGGUUCUGGAGAACAUGCCAGAAGGCUCUGUAGUUCUGACUGUGCUGGCAACAGAUCCAGAUGCAGGACUUAAUGGUGAAAUUUCCUAUGAUUUCGGUGAAGCCGUUGGACAGAGUGACUCAGACUUUGUGAUUGAUUCCAUAACAGGUCAAAUUAAAAACACAAAGCCUCUGGACUUCGAGGGAGAAGAAUCUCACGAGCUCAGUGUGAGGGCCACAGAUGGUGGGGGUCUCUCAGCAAUCUGCAAAGUGCUGGUGGAGGUGGUGGAUGUGAAUGACAAUGCCCCAGAGCUGGUGGUCAGUUCCUUCAGCAGUCCCCUCCCCGAGAACACAGUGCCCGGCACGGUGGUUGCCCUGUUUGCGGUCAGGGACCGGGAUUCUGGUGCCAACGGGAAGAUCUCCUGUGCCCUCGAGGAUCAGCUCUUCUUCUCCCUGCGGCCAGCCUAUAAGAAUUACUACGAGCUGGUGACAGUGAGCGCGCUGGACCGCGAGGAGACGCCUCGCUACAUCCUCAGUGUGAGGGCAGCAGAUGCGGGGUCGCCUCCUCUCACAACCACCCAGACCUUCAGCGUGGACAUCUCCGAUGUCAAUGACAACGCCCCCGUCUUCAACCAGACCUCCUACACCAUGUACGUGCGUGAGAACAACGUCCCCACGGUGUUUGUUGGGGCCGUCAGUGCUGCAGAUGCUGACGUGGGGCUCAAUGCCAAGGUGACCUAUUCCCUGGCCCCAGAGCAAGGGGCAGAGCGGCCCUCGUGCUCCUGCAUCUCUGUGAACUCUGAGAACGGGCACGUGUUUGUGCUGCGGCCCCUGGACUACGAGCACUUGAGGCAGACCGAGGUGACGGUCAGUGCCUCUGACGCGGGCUCUCCUCCCCUCAGAGCCAACGUCACCGUCCGCCUGGUCGUGCUGGACGAGAAUGACAACGCACCGCUGGUGCUCUACCCAGCCCAGGACAGCAGCCCAGCGUCCAGUGAGCUGGUGCCCGUGUCGGCUGAGGCGGGCUACCUCAUCAGCAAAGUGGUGGCCGUCGAUGCCGACUCGGGACAGAACUCCUGGCUCUCCUACCACCUGCUGAGGGCCACCGACCCAGGGCUGUUUUCCGUGGCCCUCCAAAGCGGGGAGGUGCGUCUGAGGAGGCCGGUGACAGAGAGAGACAGCGUCAAGCAGAAGCUCCUUGUCCUGGUCAGAGACAACGGCAAGCCCCCGCUGUCAGCCACGGCAGCUCUGAGCGCUCUCCUGCUCAAGGACUUCUCCGACGUGCGCCUCCCGCACAGCAGCCCGGCCACAGAGGAUCAGGACGGCUCCCUGACCACCUAUUUAAUCAUUUCCUUGGUCUUUGUCUCACUCCUCUUCCUCAUCUCCACCGCAGUCUUUGUCGCUCGCAAGGUCUGCAGGAGAAAGCAGCUGAAGGCUGGCCAUGUGCUUUAUGGUGCCGACAACUUGCAGAGCGGCCUGGCCGAUGCAGCCGCUGCAGGGAGCCUGCCCCGCGCCUAUUGCUACGAGAUCAGCCUCACUACGGGCUCGGGCAACAGCGAGUUCAAAUUCCUCAAGCCCAUCCUGCCCAGCCUGCCCCCACAGCACUGCGCCGUGGGCCAGGGCCCGGAUGAGGAGCAGGAUUUCCCCUGUGUCCCUGUCAGCACAGAGGACAUGGCCCCAGACAAUGCUGGGACUCUCUCUGCAGGACAGUUCAAUGCUCUGUCCUUUAACUGACAUGGGUUCUGCACAGCUGGAGGCUUCAUGGCCCAUGGGGGGAGGGGAUCCAGGCCGCAGCAGGCGGCCAUGGUUCCUCCAGAGUAUAUCUGUGUUUGCAAUUGAUUCAACCAACUUUCUGCAAAUUCUGUUCGAAAUAAAUGUCUGCUCCUCCUGAAAGCAAUGAAGGAAAUAAAAGAUUCCAACGUCCUCUCAUUCUCUAAUGGGAUUCACCUUUGCUACUGCCCUUUCGAACAGAUUUCAUGUUUGUGGUUAGCCCUCCAUGUGUGUUCUGCCUUCUCUGUCUGUCUGACAAGACAGAGGAUCUUUUUAUUCUGGUCUUCAAGACAAUGUCACUGUUGGCCAAACAAAUCCUAUCCUCACUGAAAUGCGAAAAGGCUUUUUCCCAGCUCUGGAAAGCAAGGAAGUUGAGAGUAGUAAGUGGCAAUGUCACGUGGGCACUAGGCCCUUUCUUUCCUGGAUUCUGGAUGUAUCUUUCUGAGAUGGGAGCUCUGUGUGCAGACAUUGAAUAUCUGCAGAUGCUUCAGUAGUGCUGCAUGGUGAAGCCGGGAAUUGCUCCCACCCAGCCAUUACAAAACAGGCAAUGCCAGCUCAGCAGGCUAGGCAGGUCUUUGGACCCUUUAACAACAGCAGUCUCGCCUUCCUUAUCUAGCUCAGAGCAGGGCAGCAAAAUGCACAACAAAGUCUUCCUUUGGUGUACAAGAAGGCCUUGGGUGUUCUCUCACCUCAGGAUUGGCUUGGAAAUACAGGAGCACAAACAGUGUUAGGGUAGACUGUAAUUGAAUAGAGCUGUAGAAUCAUGUUCAUUGUUUUUGAAUGCAUUUGAAGGAAAGCUCCAAAAACACUAAACCUCAAAUAUUGGAAGGUAGAGGCAAGAAGAUCUUUAUAAAAGAAGACAUUCAGAUUGGUCUUUUCAUUGCUUUUUCUGCAUCCCAAGAUUCCUUGAUGGGAAUAGAAAGCUGUCCCUGCAUAGUUUUCAGUGUUUCUGUAAGAGCAUUUGCAGUCCCAUGUUUCCCUUUCUCCCCUGAAAUGUACUGAGCACUGCACUGAACCCGUUCCUCUAGAGAAGUAGUGCCACCCCAUCGAGAAUUACUGGUUGUUUGAAUGAUGACUGUGAUGCAUGAAAUACUCAGAACGUCUCCCUCACGCUGUGGUGUGCUGAAGUUAGACAGUUUAACGUUGUAAAUUGGCAUAAGUCUGAGAUUAGAAACUGAAAAAAUAUGUUAGCUUGAAAUAAAGAGAAUACACUGACUCCUU